UAAUGAUUAACUGCCCUGCCAUCUGAUCUCAUCCUCCCUCUUCGGGGUGUUUGCGAUUUUUACCCUGCUCACCCACUCAGGGCUAAGACACCCCUGCAGAGAGCGAAGAGGAGGGAGCUGUCAGCUCCGCAAACGCCUGGGCCAUGCCUGCACCACUGGAGGAGUUCUGUGGCUCCGUUUUCUGGAACGCUUCCUUACUGGAUGUACCGCAGCCCGACCUGCCGCUCUGCUUUGAACAGACCGUGCUUGUUUGGAUCCCUCUGGGCUUUCUCUGGCUUUCAUCCCCUUGGCAGCUUCUUCCCAUGUUUAAACCCAGGACCAAGAAAUCAUCGCUAACCAAAAUCUACCUCACCAAGCAGGCGCUGACCACAUUGCUCUUACUGACAGCAAUGGCUGAACUGGCCUUCACGCUUGCAGAGGACUUUGGCCAGUACCCCCACCCGACUCCCGCCAGCAGGAACCCCGCUGUCCAAUACACAAACCCUGCUCUGUACACCGUGACAUGGAUCCUGGUUCUGCUGCUUCAUGACACUCAGCGCUUCCACACGCGCAGGGACUCCGGACCACUCUUCUUCUUCUGGAUUCUCUCCCUGCUCUGCGGGGUGUUCCCGCUCCAGACGCUGAUCCGGAAGGCACUGCCGGUGCCAUCAGUUAUCCCUGAGGGCUUUCCUCCCCCACAGGGCCUGGUUCCUGACCUGCCACGGUUCAGCCUCUUCUUCAUCUCCUAUGGGCUCCAGCUUCUCCUCUUGAUCAUCUCAGCUUUCUCGGAUGUCGCCCCAGAAACAGAGGAAAUGGCCAAGAAGAACCCAGAGGUCACAGCCUCCUUCCUGAGCUCCAUCACCUUUGGCUGGUACACCAGGAUGAUUCUGAAGGGUUAUCGCAAACCCCUGGAGAUGGAAGAUCUCUGGGACUUGAAAGAAAACGUGAAAACGCAGCAAAUCUUCAGCAGGUUUGACAGGAACAUGAGGGCCGAGGUGAGGAAGGCCCGUCGGGAGCUGGAGAGACGGCGCUGCAAGAGGAGCUUGCGCGAGGCAGCCCCAGACCACAGGAAUGGGCUCAGCAAGGCUCAGAGCCAAGACAUCCUGGUGCUGGAGGAGAAGCGGCCGAAGAGGAAGAAGAAGGAGGAUGUGAGUGGCCCCAGUGGGGAUUACCCCAAGGCCUGGCUGGCCAAGGUCCUGAUCAGAACCUUUGCGGGGAACCUCCUGAAAUCGGUGGCUUUCAAGCUGGUGCAUGACCUGCUGGUGUUUGCCAGCCCCCAGCUGCUGAGACUGCUGAUCUCCUUUGUUGCGGACCCCACGGUGUAUGCCUGGCAGGGCUACCUCUACGCCUUGCUACUGUUCGUAACCGCACUGGUCCAGUCCAUCUGCCUGCAGCAGUACUUUCAGCUCUGCUUCCUGCUGGGCAUGAGCGUGCGCACGGCACUCAUGGCCGCUGUCUACAAGAAGGCGCUCACUAUCUCCAACGCCACCCGCAAGGAAUACACCCAGGGUGAGACGGUGAACCUGAUGUCGGCCGAUGCCCAGAGGUUCAUGGAUCUGGCCAACUUCAUCCACCAGCUGUGGUCGGCGCCACUGCAGAUCGCCCUGUCCGUUGUCUUCCUGUGGUGGGAGCUGGGCCCCUCCGUCCUGGCAGGGAUCGGGGUCAUGGUGCUGCUCAUCCCCAUCAACGCUCUCCUGGCCACCAAGGCCAGAGCCAUUCAGAUGAAGAACAUGAAGAACAAGGAUCAGCGCAUGAAAAUAAUGAAUGAAAUCCUUAGUGGGAUCAAGAUCCUGAAGCUGUUUGCCUGGGAGCCUUCAUUUGAGCGACAGGUUGGGGAGAUCCGGGUGCGUGAGCUGAAGGGCUUGCUGCACUUUAGCUACCUUCAGGCCUUCUCCAUCUUCAUCUUCUCCUGUGCCCCGUUGCUGGUCUCUGUGGCCAGCUUCGCUGUCUACGUCAUGGUGGAUGAGAAGAACAUCCUAGAUGCACAGAAGGCAUUUACCUCCAUCUCCCUCUUCAACGUGCUGCGCUUCCCCAUGGCCAUGCUGCCCAUAGUCAUCUCCUCCUUGGUGCAGACCAGCGUGUCCACCGAGCGGCUGGAGCGGUACCUGGGGAGUGGCGACCUGGACCCCUCAGCCAUAAGACAUGACCCCAGUGUUGACUGUGCAAUGCAGUUCUCCGAGGCCUCCUUUGCCUGGGAUCAGGGUGCUGAGCCUGUGAUCAGAGAGGUCACUCUGGAUAUCAAGCCUGGGUGUCUGGUGGCUGUGGUCGGGGCUGUGGGCUCAGGGAAAUCCUCACUGGUGUCAGCCGUGCUAGGAGAGAUGGAGAACCUCAAGGGGCACAUUAACAUCCAGGGCUCUGUGGCCUACGUUCCCCAGCAGGCCUGGAUCCAGAACGCCACGCUGAAGGACAACAUUCUUUUUGGGUUAGAACUGGAUGAGGCUAGGUACCAGCGGGUUGUGGAGGCCUGUGCUCUCCUUCCAGACUUAAAGCUGCUGCCUGGAGGUGACCUCACGGAGAUUGGAGAGAAGGGCAUUAACCUGAGUGGGGGCCAGAAGCAGCGGGUCAGCCUGGCUAGGGCGGUGUACAGCAACGCAGAUAUCUACCUUCUGGACGACCCCCUGUCGGCCGUAGAUGCUCACGUGGGGAAGCACCUCUUUGACCAGGUGCUGGGUCCGGACGGGCUGCUGCAGGGCAAGACCCGGAUCCUGGUGACGCACAGUAUCAGUUUCCUGCCAAAGACGGAUGAGAUUGUAGUGCUGGUGGCCGGUGCCGUGUCUGAGCAGGGCUCCUACAGCACCUUGCUGGCUAACGGGGGGGCCUUCGCUCAGCUCCUGAGCAUGUAUGGAAGCCAGGAGGGUAGCACCCCCGAGGGGGAGGCCACAGUGGAAGCUGCAGAGGAGCAAGACGGCGAGGUCCCUGAGGCUAGCCCGGAGGAAGUGCCAGCCGACAUAGUGACCAUGACCCUGAAAAGAGAAGCCAGCAUCCAGCAGAGAGGAUUCAGCCGCAGCCUCAGCACCAGCAGCACCAAGUCCCUGCGAAAGGCCCUGCGAGCGAGUGAGGUGGGGCCCAAGGACAAGCAGCCUUCUGAGGAGGUGACAGGACAGAGGCUGAUUGAGAAGGAGGCCAUGGAAACAGGGAAGGUGAAGUUCUCCCUGUACCUGCGGUACCUGCGCGCCGUGGGCUGGGGAUUCUCCGCCUGGGUUUUCAUCACCUACGUUGCGCAAUACGCCGCCUACGUGGGGUCCAGCCUGUGGCUCAGUGACUGGACCGACGACUCGCUGCGGUACUGGAACAAGACCUACCCAACCUCUCAGCGGGACAUGCGGAUCGGGGUCUUCGGGGCGCUGGGCAUGGCGCAGGCUGCCUUCCUGAUGGCCGGAGCCCUCCUGGCUUCCCGCGGUGCCAUCCGGGCCUCCCGCGUGCUGCACCAGCAGCUGCUCAGCAAUAUCUUGCGAGUGCCCAUGAGCUUCUUCGACACGACCCCCAUGGGUCGCAUCAUCAACAGAUUUGCCAAGGACAUCUUUACCGUGGAUGAGACCAUCCCCAUGUCCUUCCGUAGCUGGCUGACCUGCUUUCUGGGCAUCAUCAGCACCCUGCUCAUGAUCUGCCUGGCCACCCCCUACUUCGCUCUCAUCAUCAUUCCCUUGGGCAUCUUCUAUUUUUUCCUGCUGCGCAUCUAUGUCUCCACGUCCCGCCAGCUGAGACGUCUGGAUUCCGUCACCAGGUCUCCCAUCUAUUCCCACUUCAGCGAGACAGUGUCAGGCCUGUCUGUGAUCAGGGCCUACGGACACCAGCCGCGGUUCCUGCAGCACAACGACCGGAUCAUGGACAUCAACCAGAAAAGUGUUUACUCCUGGAUUGUCUCGAAUAGGUGGCUUGCCAUCCGCCAGGAGUUUGUCGGGAACCUGGUGGUUUUCUUUGCGGCUCUUCUGGCUGUGAUUACAAGGGACUCUCUGGGGAGUGGCAUCGUUGGGCUCUCCAUCUCCUCAGCACUCAACAUAACCCAGACGCUGAACUGGCUGGUGCGGAUGACAUCGGAGCUGGAAACCAACAUUGUGGCAGUGGAGCGAGUUCAUGAGUACACGCAGGUGGAGAAUGAGGCUCCGUGGGUGACGGAGCAGCGACCACCCCCCGGCUGGCCUAGCAAAGGCGAGAUCCAGAUUACUGACUACCAAGUCCGGUACCGACCUGGGCUGGAGCUGGUUCUUCAUGGGCUCACCUGUGAUAUUGGGAGCACUGAAAAGGUCGGUGUUGUGGGCAGGACGGGGGCUGGGAAAUCCUCUCUCACCAACUGCCUAUUCCGGGUCCUGGAGGCUGCAGGAGGGAAGAUCGUGAUUGAUGGGGUGGACAUAUCGACCAUCGGCCUCCAUGACCUACGCCAGAGUCUCACCAUCAUCCCCCAGGACCCGGUGUUGUUCUCCGGGACUUUACGGAUGAAUCUGGACCCGUUUGACCAGUACUCGGAUGAGGAGAUCUGGAAAGCCCUGGAGCUGGCCCACCUGAAGACAUACGUGCUGGACCUACCUGAAAGACUGUCCCACCAAGUGAGCGAAGCAGGGGAGAACUUGAGCAUUGGGCAGCGGCAACUGCUGUGUCUGGCCCGAGCCCUGCUCCGCAAAUCCAAGAUCCUCGUCCUCGAUGAGGCAACAGCAGCUGUGGAUCUGGAAACAGAUCAUUUAAUCCAGACAACAAUCCAGAGCGAAUUUGCCAACUGCACUGUCCUCACCAUCGCCCACCGCCUGCACACCAUCAUGGACAGCAACAGGGUGAUGGUGCUGCAGGCGGGGCGCAUCGUGGAGUAUGACAGCCCUGAGCGGCUGCUCCAGCAGCAAGGCCUUUUCUCUGCCAUGGCGAAGGACGCCGGUAUCGUGAGCGCUCAAGCCACGGUGCUGUAGGACAGCUGGAGCUGACAGGGUGAGCACCCUGCCUAACCCUAGAGCACCCAUCUCCGGAGUCAGAACCUAGGGCAGGGCCCACCGCAAACUGGGACGGACAAACGGCGGAUUGCCAGAACCUGUUUCCUGUUGCCUCUGUGUGCCUGGCAGCUCCGAGCAGCAGGACCUGCCCAGGACUUCACUCCUCUUCACCUGGGACUUUAAAGGAGAGAGUGAAGCCACGCGGCUCUGAGUCCCUUGAAGAGGGGGCUUUGGGGCUAGGCUAGGACUUACCUCACUGCAGGCAGCAGCUCUGAACCUGCUGCUGCCAUACCCAGGGGACAGAUCCAAACCCCGCUAUGGGGGGUAGCUUCAGUGCAGACGUGCGCAGGCCAGACCCCACGUGCACUUGGGCAGCAGCUCUAACAGACCCCCAGGGGGUGACUAUGACCCGACAUGCAGUGUGGGAGUAGCUUGGCUGACCAAGGGGGUAUUUUUACAAUCAUUUUACUUAUUGGUCCUUAUUCUCAAGGCACUCACUAGCAUAGGCCCAGCAUAGCUGAAAGAGUAACUAAAGCUCCAGCCUGAAGACCAUGGUUGACAGUAAUGCUCCUCUAGCAGAGUGGAGCUCUCUACCGCAAGGGCAAAGUUGGGCAGGAGACAGCUGCCUCAGGAGCCAGUCCAGGGCUCGAACCAU